UUCCCCUCCCCCCCUUCUUCUUUCUCUCUCUCUCUCUCUUUACCCUUUUCUUUCCUUCUUCAUACUUUCUCCUCCCCAACAUUUUAAGCUACUGAAAUUAUAAUUUUGAAAGUCAAUCGGAAAAAAUUAAAGUUUAUUAAAGUUUUUGAUGGACAAAGAAUAUUUCGCGAAUGCUGGAAUUCCGCUGCCCCUACAAUUCGACCCUACAAUGCACGCCUGGAAUUCUUUCACCUCCUCCGCUCCUCCAGAACUGAAUUGCUCUACGGACCAGAAUUCUUCUUCGUCUUGCUUCUUGAAUCCCAGUUGGGAAAAACCGGGUGAUCAUUUUCCUCCUCAUAUGGACUCGGGUUUGAGCUCAAUGUUGCCGCCGUCUUCUAACUCCGCCGCCGUGCCCGCUGACGCUCUUGUACUCCGGGAACUAAUUAGGAAGCUGGGCCGCCCAGUUUGUCACUCCUCCGGCGAGGCAUUUCCGGCGGGCCCUGCUUAUGCGGUUGCACCUCAUCAUCACACUAGUAAUACUUCGAGCAACCCUGCUUCUUAUACUACCACGCCGAUAAGCUCGCCGCCGAAGCAGCUUCAGGUACCAAUUAUGGAUCAAUUUAUCAACGGACACUUGCCCAAUUUGAGAAAUUCGGUGCCGUUAAACCCAGCUCUGCCUUCCCUCGCGGCUGAUCCCGGGUUCGCCGAGAGGGCCGCCAAGUUUUCGUCCUUUGGGAGCCGGAGUUUCAAUGGCAGAACGAGUCCAUUUGUGGGUUGUGAAAAUAACCCUGAGCUGCCUCUUAGAUCUAAUUCCCCACUUAUGGGGAAUGGCAAGUUACCAAGAGUGCUGAGUAGUCCUUCUCUUAAGCAAGCAGGAUCCCCAACUGGGAACAAGAAUUUAAGUCAACCCCAGGUGGAAUUGAAGCCUUCUCCGGUCAAUGGUUCUGAUAAGAGAUUGAACAAAUUGACUGCAAAUGGUGCCAAUUCUAACGAGGAGUCUUCUUUGUCUGAGCAAGUGCCAAGUGGGGAAACAGGGAUGAAAACUCCAAAUGAACCCAAUUCCAGGAAAAGGAAAACACCAGCUAGAGGAAAAGCCAAGGAAGAUGCAUCACCAAGUCAACCUGUGAACUCUAAUAAGGGUACGGAGGUUGAUGCUGAUAAAACUUCAAAGCGACAGAAGCCUAAUGAAGCUAAUGGGAGCGAAAAUGCCAAUGCAAAAACGAAGGCCGAGGAGGAAGCUAAGAACAAUGACAGUAAAACUGGGGAGGAUAAGGUGAAUCAAAAGCCUCCUGAGCCACCCAAGGAUUACAUUCAUGUGAGAGCCAGAAGGGGUCAAGCUACAGAUAGCCAUAGUCUAGCUGAAAGAGUAAGACGUGAGAAGAUUAGUGAGAGGAUGAAACUGUUGCAAGACCUCGUUCCCGGUUGCAAUAAGGUGACUGGAAAGGCUCUUAUGUUGGAUGAGAUCAUAAACUAUGUCCAAUCAUUACAACGUCAAGUUGAGUUCCUGUCGAUGAAGUUAGCUUCUGUAAAUCCAAGACUAGAUAACAUGGAUACUCUUUUAUCCAAGGAAAUUCUUCAACCAAAUGCCGCUUUGCCCCACACCCUCUUCCCUGUGGAUGCUUCUGAACCGGGUUUGUAUAAGAAUCAGCACCACCAAAGUCCACCAUUGCAAAACAAUAGCCCCGUGGACCAAGUAAAUAAUCCUACCUUUUGUGGCCGGAACCUCGGACUGCAAUUACCACCCUUGGAUGGAUUCAUUGAAAAUUUACCUCAGGUGAUUAUUUGCAGUCAAUAGUUUCUCUCUUUCCAGAAAAAAAGGGACUGGGAAAACAGAGAACAAAAGUUUGAAAUGAUUACCAUACACUAAUUCAAUGUUUUUUCUUGUCACAAUUUCUCAGUUCCCCCCAUUCAGUGAGGAUGAUCUGCAUAGCAUAGUUCAGAUGGGAUACGGGCAGGAUGCAUCAUUUCAAUCGCAAGGCUUUCCUGGUAAGGACAGGGGACUCUGUUUCAUGUCUCAGUAUCAGUAAUUCAGUAUUAUUCCAUAAAUUUUCCUUUUUGGGUUAUAAUUGAUGUGAAAAUUCAUUACUUGCAGCUUCAAAUCAGAUGUCCCACAUGAAAGUUGAGCUAUGAUCAUCAACCAUCAUCAUUCACUUUCAUCAUUCUAUUCAAGGCCCAGAAGAAGAAGAAGAAGAAGAAGAAAAGAGGAAGAGAGAGGCUGCUGUACAUAAUGAAGAGAAUAGUAGUUGGGGAUUUUUAUUUUUAUUUUUAUUUUUUUUCCAUGGAAUUGGCUGUCAUCCAUGUAGGUCUGAUCUGGGAGAGAGGGGAGGGGAAUUUGAUUCUCACCCCACCCCAUUGCCUCUAAUUUGUCUCUGUCUCUAAGUUAGUAGUAAUUAUUGAUUUGCCUGGAAGAUUAAGAUUUUUUCCUCUUCCAGGAGAUGGUAAGUAAUUAAUUAAGCGUAUAAUAUCUCUUGUAAAAUCCUAGCUUUAAUGCGUGUUUAUGGUGCAAAUUACUGCACUCUAAUCUGUAAUAUAUCUAUUCUUGUACAAGCAAUGAUACACCAAAGUUUCUCCA